UAUUGCUUAUGUGAACAGCCAGAUAACGAGUCAAAUAACUAAUCAACCUUCAAAAUACUGAUGCUAUAUUUAAAUCAUUUUGUUAUCGUAAAUUUUGUGGGGUCAAAGGGCGUUUUGAGAUACUUAAGAUAGUCACGUUAAUCAUCACAGCUAGGCGGAAAAGCAGCGUUAGCUGUCUUAACGCGUGAUCAGAUUAUGUUACUGUUUACUGACGUUUCAGUCAAGAAGAAGAGGACAACCUCAAGACUGAACGCUAUGGGCAUAACUUUGAUCGGUACUCUGGACUCAGCGAUUUUAGCUAAAAUGACCAGCUCGCAGUACCUGUGAGUCUUCAACCCCAGUGUCUCAAGAACCGUUUGAUCUUUCAUACGGUUUCUCAGCAUAAAUAUCCAGCUUCUAACUGUAUCCCUUGACGUAACCUCUGAGUGGCAGCACGAUGAGUGACUCAAAACGCAAAGAAAAGGAAGACCUCAACAGUCUAUCUAAUAGAGAUACAAUUGAACUCCCAGAUGAUCUUUCUCUAAGUGACUCUGACUCUGAUGAGCCCAUUGAGCAUUUCGGCAGGAAAAUUGAAGACUUGUCAUCGUCCUCAGAAGAUGAAGAUGAGACUCCGCAGCAUGUCCAGUCUGUUCCUCAAGAAAAUCCCACCUUCAGACUGACAGGUGGGAGCUCUGGUUUCUGUGAUCGGAGCAGGGACAUCUUUGCGCAGUUGGAUAGUGCUGCAAAGCUCACAUCCAAGGAUCUAGGAGAAGACAACAUUCUCGAUGGCACGUUUGCCCGUCCUGCUCCGCCAUCACCUCCACAGGCAGCUCCAAGGAAGUGUGGUCCAGAGACAACCAAAAAACAACCUCCAGGUAAAAAACUCCCAGACUACCUUGAGCACCCUGAGCGCUGGACCCACUACAGUCUUGAAGAUAUUGCAGAAACCAGUGAUAAAAAGAAUAGUCAGGUUGCUCAUCAGUAUAUACAAAGCCUUCAAGACAGCAAGAAGUCUCAGAAAGACACAACUGAGACUUUCACUCCAGCUUUCAACCAGGAUCAUAGCAGCAAAAGUGAGAAUAAGAUUGUGUUCACUAAACCCAAGAUUAAAGAUCAGAGUGGGAGCAAACUUGAUCAUGCCAAGAAGGAAGAAGUUGGACUUCAACAUUUGGAUGACAGACAAGAGACCGAUGAAGGACAGGAUCGUCCUCUUCAGCACCACCACAGCUCAUGGGAGAAUAAAGAGAAAAAAAGAAAGUGGGGGACUGAAAAAGAGGAAGAAGACAAAAAGGUGCCUGGUGUUGUCUUCAACAGCAGCAAGAAAGUAAAUCGCAAACACUUCCGUAAAACGCUUGAAGAUGAUGAAGGUGGCACAGAGUGAGCGCUUUGAACGUAAAUACUUAGAACUACUGUUUCAGUGUUCAUGUACUUCAAAUUUACUGUUUUGUAUAAAGUUGUUUGACUCUCUAUGUAUCAUAGUUUUGGUUGUAUAAUCCAUGAAAAGCUCUUGCUGUCAUAUUGUGCAACAGAAUAACAUACAUAUCUAUCGAUUUGAAACUUGUCUGUAGCGGUAUCUGUGUUUUAGUGUGUAUACAAUUAUUCUGAGGCUCUUUGUCAAAUUUUUAUUAUCACUUUUCAUGAAUAAAUUUGACUUAUGUACUUUGCGAUCACAUUAAACAAGUGGGCUUUGUCUUAAUGCUGGUGAAAAUGUAAAGCUCAAUGUUUUGCAUGGCCACAUGUUGAUUGAUCAUGAACAAUGCAAAUUAGGGGAUGAAUUCUGCUUCUGGUACAGUAGCAAGGUUACAACACCCAUUGACAUUGAGUUUGACAAUGACAACUUCCUACUUUUUGUAAAUUAAAUUAAAUAAAAUUAAAUUAAAUGGGCAGUGCUUAUAUAUAUAUAUAUUGUUGGGGAAUAUCUAGUUACAUGUAACGGAAUUACGUAAUUUAAUGACAAAAUAAAUGUUACUGUAAUUAGUUACAGUUACUGAGAAAAAAUGCGUAUUAAAUUACAGUUACUUUUGAUAAAUGCCAGUGAUUACAAAGGGGAUUACAUCUGAAUUUUUUCACACACCCACCCCCAC